CUGAAGAGCCAACCGGAAGCGGCUCUGGUCUCUUGUCGGUUCGUUCAGCGGCGCGUCGUCGCCACUCACCGCGGAUCGAGCCCUCAGCGGAGCGGCUGCUGCCGGACUCUUCACCUGGUCGCUCGGCUUUUCUCGGAAACACUCGAGUUCGUUUGAAGAACUCGGAAAAAUCCGGUUCGGAUCCAGAAACCCGACAAGCGAUCAGAAAACAAGAGCGCCGUGAGUCACACGGUGAGUCAGCGUUUCCCACGGCCGAGCGUCCUGCUGCAGCGUCCUAGCCGUUGCCAUGGAAACGCCCACACUUUGAAGCUCCGCAUUUCGACUCACCUCUACUUUGCCCACAAAGAGACUGAAAAGUUUUCAGUUGGAGAGAAGAGCUGCAGGUCCAGGUGUUCCCCAAGCGCAGCCGGACUCCUGUACCGGUCCGGAGUUCUGGUUCCGCUCAGCUCGGCCCGCAGGUUCUCCACUGAUCUCAGGAAGAGCUUGUGGCCAUGGAGGGCGACUGCCUGAGCUGCAUCAAAUAUCUCAUGUUCGUCUUCAACUUCUUCAUCUUUCUGGGCGGCUCCGUCCUGCUGGCCGUGGGCGUCUGGGUGUCGGUCGACCCGCUGGGCUUCAGGGAGGCGGUGGCAGUGAGCCCCCUGCUGGUCACCGGCGUCUCCGUGGUUCUGGUUCUGGGCGGGCUGCUGUUCCUGCUGGGCUUCCUGGGCUGCUGCGGCGCCGUCCGGGAGAACCGCUGUCUGCUGCUGCUGUUCUUCAUGCUCAUCCUCUUCAUCUUCCUGGCGGAGCUGGCGGCGGCCAUCUUGACCUUCCUCUUUAGGGAGAACUUAAGCAGAGAGUACUUCAGCCGGGAACUGAAACGCCACUACCAGGGCCGGAACAACAGCGAUGUCUUUACGUCCACCUGGAACGUCAUUAUGACCACGCUGGAGUGCUGCGGCGCCAGCGGCCCCGAUGACUUCCAGCAGAGCCUGUUCCGGCUGCUCCACCCCAACCAGCUGCUUCCUGAGGCCUGUUGCCAGGGUGACGGCCACCUGGGCGAGGGCGGCAUUGAGCAGUGCGUCAGCGGCGGCAUGGCGUUCCGGCACAGCAAGGGCUGCUACUCGGCCUUGGUGGAAUACUUUGAGACGUACAUCUACGCUGCAGGAGCGCUGACCAUCGGCGUGCUGACCAUCGAACUCUUCGCCAUGGGCUUCGCCUUGUGUCUGUUCAGAGGCAUCCAGUAGACUCUUCAUUCUCCUCCUCCUCCUCUUCUUCCUCCUCCUCCUCUCUGACCUCUCUGACCUUCCUCAAAGCUGGUCUGAAUGUUUUUCUGCUUUUGGUCUCAAAGUUGUCUAAAUGAGUUUGAUUUAGUUCAGGUUUGAAGACUAACAGCAAUAAUUUGGUUUUUUAAUCUGUCAUGAGAGAAAACAGUGAGUUUCUUUUUCCAAAGUCAUAAUUUCACCAUAUUUUAAUUUAUUCAUAAAGGUUGCAGUUUAAAACUUAAUAUUUACUUUGAGGCUUGCCUCUAACUGAUCACUUAGCUUUCUAACUAAAUAUUUAUUUUGAAACUUCUAUAUUUAUUUAGAAAGCAACAUGUUUAGUUUACAAGCUAAAUAUUUGCUAAACUGAAACUAAACUGAACUUUUAGCUUCAAUCUGAAUUUUGCCUUUGGAACUAAAUAAUUAGCAUGAAACUGAAACAUGCAUAAAGAAUUGAAUAACAUGGCAAAAAUAAGAAAUAAACUUCAAUUUUUUCUCUUAUGACCCAAAUUAUUGCUGUUAGUUUUUGGAUGUGUAACUUUACAAACUGCAUCCUGUAUGUAUUAAUAUCGCACAGGAACAGAGAACAGAAACAUAUUUAUCAGAGUUUUGACUGAAAUCCGUCAUAAACUCAUAGUUUCAGUUUUUGCUUCACAGUUUCUGCACAUCCCUUGGGUGGGAAGCAGUGCCCCUAGUGGCCGGAGGCAGAUUGCCUCUUUGUUUCUACCAGUUUGUGACCGUGUUGCUUUGAGUGAACAAGUGAUUCAUGUUUGAGUUAGUGAUCUGUGAUCAGAUGAUUUCUUCUGUAAUGUUUCAGUGAUUAAUGUUCAAUAAAUUCAUCUUUCUGCUUUUAUGAAA